UCAGUCACUUUGUGAUUUUUUGGGGCGUUAGCACAAGAGUUAUUUUGUUGACUGUGCAAGACUAUGCAAAUAUAUCUUGCAAUAGUAUCGUAAAUGUGUAUCGCUUGUAAAUUGUUCAAGACCCGAAUGUGCUUCCACUACUUUGUUGAAAGUUGUUCAGUGAAAAGAUUUGUAAUUUUAAAAUACAAUGUCACUUUGUUGAUGUCCAACGUCUGUUGAUUUGUUGACGAUCUCGUGGUUUCAGCUGUAUAAACAUAUCAGGAGGGGAAAAUGAAUGACCCGAGCUUGUACCGAUUAGAAGGGACCGAUACGAGCCAAACCGGAGGUCUGGUCAUCCGUAAGAAAGCUUCGGACCACACUUUCAAGAAACCGGAAACGUCUGUGUUAGGCCUCGACAAGCUCGCGGAGCGUAAGAGGAGGGAGCAAUCGCAGGAACCCACCAGCUCGAAAUCUAAGUCCGAAGGUAAGGACCGAAGGUAUCGGUCUUACAAGGAAGAAACUCCCACCCACACAGGCGGUGUGAAUUACGAGGCGCAACGACAACUGGAGUCUCGGCUCAAGCGUCAGAGACUGAACGACGACCGGAGUUCGAGGAAUUCUCACCGAGACCGCGAGAGAGAUCGCGACAGACGGCGGGACAGGGAGAGCAGAAGCAGAGACAGCGUGAGGCAGACUCCGCUCAGAUUCAGGGAUGAGCCGCAGACACCGAAAUUCCGUACGAAGGAUCCUACCUCCAAGAGCAACUGGGACGACGACGAGGACGAGGAGCCGAAACGCUCGAGCUGGGACCACCCGACUCCGAACAUCUACGGCAACCGGGAGGGCCGCGACAGCGUCAGGAGCGAGUUCACUCCCUCCUACAAGUACAAUCCUUGGAACAAGGACCCGAAGAAUUCCGGCGCCACGCCGAUGAUAGACGGGGAGGAGAAGGAAAUGUGGGAGGAGGAGCAGCAGAGGCUGGACAGGGAGUGGUACGCGUUGGACGACGGGGAGAACAACGCGUUCGCCAACGUGUCCGAGGAGUACACGCGGAAGAAGGAGAUGGAGCUGGAAGCGAGGAGGCAGAAGCGCGUCUCGGCGCAGCAACGGCAGAUAAACAAGGACAACGAGCUGUGGGAGCGCAACCGUAUGCUAACGUCGGGUGUCGUGAGCUCCCUGGAGCACGACGACGACCCCGACGACGAGGGGGAGGCGAGGGUGCACUUGCUGGUGCACAACGUGGUGCCGCCGUUCCUCGACGGGCGGAUCGUGUUCACGAAGCAGCCGGAGCCGGUCGUGCCUGUGCGCGACCCCACCUCCGACAUGGCCCUGGUAGCGAGGAAAGGCUCGGCAUUGGUGCGGGCGUACCGCGAGCAGAAGGAGCGACGUAGGGCGCAGAAGAAGCAUUGGGAGCUGGCUGGCACGCACAUCGGCAACAUCAUGGGCGUGCACGACCGGCGCAAGGACGACAAGGAACUCGCGGGACAGGAGACGGACUUCAAGGCCGGGCAGAAGUACGCCCGGCACAUAGGAGCCGGCGAGGUGACGGGAGAGGCGAAACACAGGUCCAUCCAGCAUCAGAGAAGGAGCCUGCCGGUGUUCGCGGUGCGUCAAGAACUGCUGAACGUCAUCCGGGAGAACAGCGUCGUCGUGAUUGUCGGCGAGACCGGUAGCGGCAAGACCACGCAGUUGACGCAGUAUCUUCACGAGGACGGUUACAGUCGCAACGGUAUAAUCGGUUGCACCCAGCCGAGGAGAGUCGCCGCCAUGUCCGUCGCGAAGAGAGUGUCCGACGAGAUGGCCACUGCCCUAGGCGACAAGGUCGGAUAUGCGAUACGUUUCGAGGACUGUACUUCCAAAGAUACGGUGAUCAAGUAUAUGACCGAUGGUAUUUUGCUGCGAGAGAGUUUGAGGGAAGGAGAUCUGGACCGUUACAGUGUAAUUAUAAUGGACGAGGCUCAUGAACGGUCGCUUUCUACGGACGUGUUGUUCGGUCUCCUUAGAGAGGUCGUUGCCAGGCGACACGAUCUCAAGCUGAUCGUGACUUCCGCGACGAUGGACUGCAGCAAGUUCUCCGCUUUCUUCGGCAACGCCGCGACGUUCCAGAUACCCGGGCGCACGUUCCCCGUGGAGGUGUUGCACGCGAAGAACCCGGUCGACGAUUACGUGGACGCGGCUGUGAAGCAGGUCUUGCAGAUCCACCUGCAACCCAAGAGCGGCGACGUGCUGGUCUUCAUGCCCGGUCAGGAGGACAUCGAAGUCACCUGCGAGGCCCUGAAAGAACGUUUGGCCGAGAUCGAGUCGGCACCGCCUCUCUCGAUACUGCCGAUUUACUCGCAAUUACCGUCGGACCUGCAGGCGAAGAUCUUCCAGCGCUCCGAAGGUGGCCUUCGCAAGUGCGUCGUGGCGACCAACAUCGCGGAAACGUCCCUGACGGUUGACGGAAUCGUCUUCGUCGUCGACUCGGGAUACUGCAAGUUGAAAGUGUACAAUCCGCGGAUAGGUAUGGACGCUUUGCAGGUGUACCCUGUAUCAAGAGCUAACGCCGAUCAGAGAUCCGGUAGAGCGGGUCGUACCGGUCCCGGUCAGUGCUACCGGCUGUACACGCGAAGACAAUAUCUGGACGAGUUACUGCUGACCGGAGUGCCGGAGAUACAACGUACGAACUUGGCUAACACGGUGCUGCUGCUGAAGUCCCUGGGAGUCCAAGAUCUAUUGGCGUUCCACUUCAUGGACCCGCCGCCGCAGGACAACAUCCUCAAUUCCCUGUACCAGUUGUGGAUUUUGGGCGCGCUCGACCACACCGGCCGCUUGACUCCUCUCGGCCGGCAGAUGGCGGAGUUCCCGUUGGACCCGCCGCAAUGUCAAAUGCUCAUAGUCGCUUCCCAGCUCGGCUGUACCGCCGACAUCCUCAUCAUAGUCUCCAUGCUCUCGGUACCGUCGAUCUUCUAUCGGCCGAAGGGCCGCGAAGAGGACUCGGAUUCGGCGCGUGAAAAGUUCCAGGUGCCUGAGUCCGAUCAUCUGACCUACCUGAACGUGUACAACCAGUGGAAGGCGAACGGGUAUUCGAGUUCCUGGUGCAACGACCACUUCAUCCACGCGAAGGCGAUGCGCAAGGUGCGAGAGGUGCGGUCGCAGCUCGAGGAGAUCCUGAAGCAGCAGAAGAUGGACGUGGUCAGCUGCGGCACCGACUGGGACGUCGUGCGGAAGUGCAUCUGCUCGGCGUACUUCCACCAAGCGGCACGUCUCAAGGGUAUCGGCGAGUACGUCAAUUGUCGCACCGGGAUGCCGUGCCACCUCCAUCCGACCUCGGCUCUCUUCGGCAUGGGCUUCACGCCCGACUACGUAGUCUAUCACGAGCUUGUGAUGACGGCCAAGGAGUACAUGCAGUGCGUCACCGCGGUCGAUGGCCACUGGUUGGCCGAGCUGGGCCCCAUGUUCUUCAGCGUGAAGGAGACCGGCCGAAGCGGCCGCGCCAAGCGGCGGCAAGCGAUGCAGCACUUGCACGAGAUGGAGCAUCAGAUGAAGGAGGCCGAAGAGGAGAUGAAGGCGCGCGCCCAAGAACAGCUCGAGCGCGAGCAAGCCUCGGUCCGGAAGAAGGAGAUCCUGACGCCCGGCAUCAGAGAGCCCGGCACCCCCGCUCCGUAUCGCAACACUCCUGGAAGAUUGGGCCUGUAAUCUGUUCCUCCCGUGUGCAUAUUACAAGUCAAUAGACGUCACUGUCGCGCAACAAGACGUUGGAUUGUCUGCCAGUUGCUAUUUAACGUGUACUUCAUCCGCCGUGAUAGAAUUCUCGUAAAACGUAAGACGAAGUGUAAGUCAACAGUGAUCGGAUCGUCGAGACCUCCGCAUUUUUGUUUGCGGAAACGCCCAUACCAAUCGUAAUUUAUGUGUAAUUGUAUGUCACAGUCACGAGUCCUGAGCUGAUAUAAGGAUGUAAUAAUAUUGUCAAGGUAUCCUGUAUCUACAGGAUAAUCAGUAUACGUAAGAAAAGUAAGAGGGUUUUUAGAUGAUAACUAUUAAUGUUAUUAAACUAUUAAUGUAGAUCAAUUUUAAGUAAUAUAACUCGACUAUGUAUGUGUAUAUGCGACAGCGUUGGGUAUGAUAUGUACAAAAACGUUUUUUGUAAAUAAAAUUAUUUUUAUUACAACACAUCUCGUGUGUACUUGUGCUUAUAUGCUUGUGUGUAUGCAUAAUGUUCUUUAGGCAAAACAAAUAAUCCUGAACUUCAUUUCUCACAAAAUGACAUUGUAUUUUGGUACCUCUAAUACAAUCAAAAUAUGCUCAAAAAAGGAAAAAAAAAAAA